CCAAACAAUAUCUUGCUAGAAAACUCGGUUCUUCAACAGUGUUAUCCGAAACUCGAUAUUCACUGAUUUGCUUAGAAAUUACGGCAGUUAUCUUCUUAAGCAAAUGCUCCAGUACGAUAUAUGCGGACAAAUGCAAGUUAGAUAAUACAAAUGAAAAUAAUUACCAAAUUACUAUUACGAUUGAAGAAACGACUAGUUCAGCUAAAGAACAAAGGCUUAGUUCACAGAGGUCUUUUAAUUCAAGCAAACGACAGUCUUCCAAACUUAGUACAAAAAUUAAUGAAGGGCAAAGAAAGAGACCUGGAAGUUUGGAUCUUUUAGAUAUUCCUAUCGAAACAAAACCAAUAGACAUGGAGAUG